AUGGAUUUCGAACCCGCUGUUGUCAAGGCAAUGACACUUUUCCUCUACUGUUUUGAUUACGAGUCCCCCGCCGACUCAUCAGCUAUGAUGUUCCAUGCCAAAGUGUAUCAAAUCGCUGAUAAAUAUGACAUCGAGGCGUUGAAGAGACUGGCUGCGAUGAAGUAUCGGACUAGUAUUGAAGCGGGAUGGGAGAUGGAUAGCUUUCCAGAUGCAAUCGCCCUGGCAUAUACAAUUACGCCAUCGGGGGAUAGGGGUUUACGUGAUAUUGCUGUGGAGAUUACAUUAAAGAGGCUCGGCAAGCUGAUGACCCAAGACACGUUCUGUGGAAUGAUGCGCGAUAAUCCGGAGAUCGCUGCUGACAUUAUUCGACUUACAAAUAGGACAUGUGAAAGGGUCAGGGAAUAUAAGUGCAGAACGUGCACACGCGUCUUUUUAUUAGGCUUUCCUGAGUUCGAGGAGCCUUACCAAUUGCACUACUGCCCGUGUUGUGAUACCCAUCACUCCUCUUGGAGACCCGAGGCUGGGAGAUAG